UUGUCAGAAGUUGAUCAUCUUCUUCCCAACUACUCCGAAGAUUCCAAACGAUUCGAGGAAAGUUGCAGCGCAAAGUGAGGUAUUAGUCUAUUCAGUACAUAACGUUCCCGAAUUGUAACGCGUCUCUUUUUAAGCCUAGUGUUCUCUUUAAAGAGAAGAAUAUUGGUCAGUUACAUAGGCGUGGAAUUUAGAGGGGGCCGAAAAGGUUUUUUUACCUUUAGCUGGCAACCUAGCGUCUUUUAUGUGUUGUUGGUAUGGAGUGAUGUUGCCCUCUGGCUGCAAUUUCUCAGUCCACUCUCCUGAAUUUUCCGAACCUGAAAAGGUAAUAUUAAUCAGAGAACACAUUGAUUAUCUCCGCAGUCUCCACAACAGCCAAGCCAAUACAGAGAUGAAGAUUGCCGGAGUUUUGCUUAUUAUUAGCCUGGCUCUGUGUGCCAUGGAAUGCAGUGUGUCAGGUAUUUAAAUUCCUUGUUGCCUAUAGGAAUUUCUUCAGCUCAUCUGAUCAAGUUACCAAGGGUACAGAUACAAUGUUAAACAUAGUACAAGUCUUUUUGCGACGAGUUAACUGAAUGAUUACAGUGCUGGACACCUGAUCGAGAGGUCCGUGUUCGAGUGCUGGUCGAGGUUAUUGUGUUGUGUUAUUUGGUCGGACAAUUUAAUCUUUCAGUGCCUCCCUCAGUGCAGGAGUAUAAAUACGGAACAGCAGACUAUCAGGGAAACCUGACGGAGUACUAAAUGGGGGCGGGAGUACCCUGUAAUGGACUCAAAUUCAAUCCAGGGGAAGGAAGCAAUACCCUUAGUCGUUUCAAGAAAAAAGAGAUGAGAUGUGCCGAUUUGAGCUAUACCUUUGUCGCGUACUCACUUUGCCUCACCCGUCUAAAUAAAUAUGUCUUACCAUGUCUAACAUUGUGAGCAUCAUUACGUAGAUCAGUUGCUCUGUUACCAAGCAGCCUUUACAUGGCCGAACAGUUACGCAGUAGAAACCGGCGAACCGUAGACGGCGGUAGCUUUGAAGAUGCAAAGUUGCUAAAUUCAUAACUUUCUUGCAGCUUUUCGCCUCAAGGAAAAGGAUUUUCCAAGAAAAAUUCAAAACGAUGGAUCAUUCUCUUACGGUAAGUCUAACAAAAUUAUACUUCCCCUUCGUCUUGAGGUUCUUUCUAGAAAGACACUUCGCUAUCACAGUCCCUCCUACCACCCAAGAUUAUAAAAUGGUUACCGUCGAACUUCUUUAGGAAAACUUAAUUAUAUAUAAGAUAUGGAGGGGGUAACCUGCAAUAAAUUUGCAUCCCAUCCAGGAGUGAAUAGCAAUACUUCCACCCUUUCACUAUGCUGACACUGGUUUGGGUCACUUAACUCGAGCUCGUGCACAGACUUUGUAAAAAAAUACACCAGACUAAGUAGCUAUAACUACAUAGUUUGCUCUGACUCUUACAUUGCCAAACCGCAUCUACAUGGCCGAACAGUUAAAAGAUACUGAGAAACAAGCGAUGUUUGUUAAAUUCUGCAAAAACUCAAAACGAUGGAUCGUCCACAAGUUCAUGCAAGUCGACGAACGAAAAUUCGAGAAAGAUACUCAAGGGACCUCUACUAGAAUCACAUAGUAAUUGUUAUCUAUGAAUCACAAAUGUUAAGUUCGUCAAUGAUUUAUGGAAAUGAGCAGGACAGGAUGAUUUUUGUGAUCUUUUCUGAAUCGAGUUGACGAAAAUUCUCAAUACAAGCAUAAUACGUCGCAGAAGAGAUGUAAUUAUCCAUUAGUGUAUUGUGUUAAAAAAAAAACUAAUGUGGUUGCUAAAACUCCUAAUAAAACACUUUUAAAGAUGAAUGGUGCAAUGUUACUUGGAAAGAUCGCAAUGACUAAGCAGACUUCGCUUGCUCAAGAUCAGUUAUCCUUAAUAAAAAUCCUCAGCAAGACUUCUUGGUAAAAAUAUACUUGCCAAAAAUCUCUCAGAGACGCUAAAUGCCAAAUACUUUUGUACUAAGAUACACCUACAUCAAUGUGGUUAGCUUAACGAUCAGUUGUAAGUACCAACCGUGACAAAGUCAACUGUAGCAACACUUUAAAAUCUUGAACGAGGGUCUCGGCUCAUUAGUCUCCAAAGUAAAUGUCUGAUUUUUUUUUCUUUCUUUCAGAUGUCCAUAAUGAGCCUGAGGAAGACCCUGGAAAACUGGAAAACAUCGAACAAGCUGUUGGUAAGUUUGGCCGCGAUUUUUCUCUUUGACAUCAUGUCAUUAUCGUUAUUAUUACCAUUAUCAUCAUCAUUAUCAUCACAUCAGCAGCAGCAGCAGCGUUGAAAUCGUCAUCCAUCAUCGUUAUAGUUUUUGCUUUAUUUAUUUCUUUAUUGAAUAUCACACGUGUGUUUUAUACCUGCUUGCAGAUUCGAAAGCUUGACUAAAGAAAAAAUUGGACUUUUCAGAUCAUUUUUCUUAUGUUUUUCAACAUUACAGGCAUUUUGAAAUGCCGUGGACCUGCGAGUUUGUCCAAAUUCAAACACACUUUUGCAACUAACUUGUCAGUUUUUGAUGGGCAUGUAUAGUGCAAUUUGAGCUAAAAAAAUAACCUGAAAAGCACUUCACAAUGGGGUAGCGCGCGCUAUAAUUAGACUUAACUCAUAAGGUUCUUCAUCCUCGAUUAUGGCUCCAGAGUAGUCUAUAAAAUUAGCUCGAACUCUUUUAACCAUUUGCAACUCGAAUAAUUUUUAAAUUUAAGACAGUUGUAAAUACCAACCGUGACAAUAUCAACUGUAGCAACACUUUAAAAUCUUGAACGAGGGUCUCGGCUCAUUAGUCUCCAAAGUAAAUGUCUGAUUUUUUUUUUCUUUCUCUCAGGUGUCCUUAAUGAGCUUGAGGAAGACCCCGGAAAACUGGAAAACAUCGAACAAGCUGUUGGUAAGUUUGGCCGCGAUUUUUCUCUUUGACAUCAUGUCAUUAUCGUUAUUAUUACCAUUAUCAUCAUCAUUAUCAUCACAUCAGCAGCAGCAGCAGCGUUGAAAUCGUCAUCCAUCAUCGUUAUAGUUUUUGCUUUAUUUAUUUCUUUAUUGAAUAUCACACGUGUGUUUUAUACCUGCUUGCAGAUUCGAAAGCUUGACUAAAGAAAAAAUUGGACUUUUCAGAUCAUUUUUCUUAUGUUUUUCAACAUUACAGGCAUUUUGAAAUGCCGUGGACCUGCGAGUUUGUCCAAAUUCAAACACAAUUUUGCAUCUAACUUGUCAGUUUUUGAUGUGCAUGUAUAGUGCAAUUUGAGCUAAAAAAAAUAACCUGAAAAGCACUUCACAAUGGGGUAGCGCGCGCUAUAAUUAGACUUAACUCAUAAGGUUCUUCAUCCUCGAUUAUGGCUCCAGAGUAGUCUAUAAAAUUAGCUCGAACUCUUUUAACCAUUUGCAACUCGAAUAAUUUUUCAGUUUAAGACAGUUGUAAGUACCAACCGUGACAAAGUCACUUUAAAAUCUUGAACGAGGGUCUCGGCUCAUUAGUCUCCAAAGUAAAUGUCUGAUUUUUUUUUUUCUGUCAGAUGUCCAUAAUAAGCCUGAGGAAGACCCCGGAAUACUGGAAAACAUCGAACAAGCUGUUGGUAAGUUUGGCCGCGAUGUUUCUCUUUGACAUCAUGUCAUUAUCGUUAUUAUUACCAUUAUCAUCAUCAUUUAUCAUCACAUCAGCAGCAGCAGCAGCAGCAGCGUUGAAAUCGUCAUCCAUCAUCGUUAUAGUUUUUGCUUUAUUUAUUUCUUUAUUGAAUAUCACACGUGUGUUUUAUACCUGUUUGCAGAUUCGAAAGCUUGACUAAAGAAAAAUUGGAGUUUUCAGAUCAUUUUUCUUAUGUUUUUCAACAUUACAGGCAUUUUGAAAUGCCGUGGACCUGCGAGUUUGUCCAAAUUCAAACAUAAUUUUGCAUCUAACUUGUCAGUUUUUGAUGUGCAUGUAUAGUGCAAUUUGAGCUAAAAAAAUAACCUGAAAAGCACUUCACAAUGGGGUAGCGCGCGCCAUAAUUAGACUUAACUCAUAAGGUUCUUCAUCCUCGAUUAUGGCUCCAGAGUAGUCUAUAAAAUUAGCUCGAACUCUUUUAACCAUUUGCAACUCGAAUAAUUUUUCAACUUAAGACAGUAGUCUUUACAUAUAGAAUAGUUUUCCCACUGUUGUUUGUCAAUGUGGAGUUCGCAUGUGAUGUCACGCACGGCUUCCUGCUUUAUGUCACGCUAGUGAUGUCAUGCUUUGCUUUGCGCAUGAUGUCACGUAUCUUAUCAAGGUUGUUAACGGCAGGGAACUUCAUGCUAGAAAUGAGUCCAUUAGAACGAACGAGUUUGUCUUUCAAUGAUGUAAACAGUUUUAACUCGUUUUUAGAUCCCUGCGGAGACGUUUGGACGAAGUUUGAAGAGUACUGUUAUCAUGUGAGCGGUACAAAAUUGACUGAGAAACAGGCUGAACAGUACUGUGACCAAAAGAUGGACGCAAAUUUGGCAAAGAUCAACAGCCAGGAAGAAAACAACUUUGUCUUGGACCUCGCGCAUAGGCAUGCUCCAUCGGCGGAACGGGUCUGGAUUGGAUUGAAGUGGGAAAGUAGACCCAAAGAUUUCUACUGGUAUGAUCACUCCUUCCCAACCUUCAAAAAUUGGGCUCCUGGUGAACCAAAUGGAAAAGCCAAAGAGCCAUGCGUUUUGAUGUAUGUCGGAAAAUACAACCAGCUGCCCCAAUGGGCGGCCGGUUAUUGGAAUGAUAUAAACUGUGAGGAGAAAAUUGCUGCAGUUUGCAAGAGGCUGUACUAG